AUGUCAGCACAACAAGACCUCCAAGAGCUCCUGCGGCUCCUCACGGUUGGCCGCAAGACUCCAAUGCUUCAAGCCAUGGCCCAGAUCAAGUCUCUACAAGCAGUUGAUAUCAGGAGCAUCCAACAAAUAGCCGAGGCUCCUCUAAACACCAUCAAAACAGCCUUGAACGAUGAAAAGACAGCAAAGUCUCUUCAGAAUGCCUGCAAAGCAGCCAUGAAGCGGACCAGCGCCGGAGGCCCAGCGGGUACCAAGCGAGGUGCCCCGUUAUCAACCACAAGCUUGCCUUCCAAGCGCCUCAGACAUGACGACAAUCCACUUAUGCCUUCUCGUGCUUUCGGCGAGGAGCUCACACCUCAAGAACUGGAAGCCUCACUCGAACUUCCCAUCUGCUUAGACGAAGAGCUCAUCUCGCAAACCGUCCUGGAGACCAACCGCGCCCCCCUCGUUCUUGCCUUUGCCGUCGAACUACUGCGCUACACAAGGCCUGAGCAACCACUUUCUUCUCGAUUGAGUCUGGGACAAGCUCUAGUCAGCGCCAACUCGCGCUCAAAGGCUGUGAGCAUUGGUCUGGCUGCCAAAGGGCCCAAUGCCGAAGAAGAGGGGUUGAUCGGUUCUGGCCAACCACGAGUGAAAGUGAUGGGGAGGGAGGUUCCCGUGCUAAAGAGAGGGGGUUAUGAGUGGAAGGACGAGGAGGAAAAGGGAAGUACCGCCGCAGAAGAUCAACAGACCACAACGGCGCAGUCACCAUCAACAGAGCCGAAAGACGAAGACGUCAAAUCACAAUCACCACCACCCAAAAGCGUCCACCCCUUCUUUCAACCAGACGACAUCCACUGGUCCUCCUCCGGCCCUCCCGUUACCUCCAAAGACUCCAAAUUCCUCGCCCACUCGACAAAAAUCACCAAGCAAGCCCAAGAAAAAGUCCUCCUGAACAACCUUAUGCGCAAGCACCCCAACCUCGAAUCAGCAUCCCACAACGCGUGGGCCUACCGGCUCCGCGACCCCAGGAUGCCGGACCGCAUCAUCGAGAGAUCCUUUGACGACGGCGAGCAAGGCGCCGGCGACUUGAUGCUGCGCAUCCUGCGCGAGCUGGACAUUGAGGAUUCGUUGGUGGUGAUGACGCGCUGGUACGGCGGGACGAUGCUCGGGCCCGACCGGUGGCGGUUGAUGAGGAAUGUGGUGACUGCUGCGCUGAAUGAGAGAGGGAGGAAGGCGGGCGGGGAGGUGUUGAGUGCGGGAGGGGAGGCGGUUUGGGGGUUGGAUAUUGAGGGGAUGCAGAAUGGGGGUUCUGGGGCUUCGGCUACGUCUACGUCUACGUCUAUGGGCGGCAAAAAGGCUACCUAUGGGACCGGAGUGGUGGGGAUACAGAUUCAUAAACCGGAAGUGGCGAGGAAUUACCUGUUGAGGAGCUUUCAUACUGCUUCGGCUGCUGAUGCUGGUGAGGAGACUGAGGAAGGAGGGACGGCAAAGAAGAAGACAAAGACCAGGAAGACGCAAAAGCAGCUGGAAGCAGAGAGGGAGGAGAAUCUAGGACUGCUACUGGGCGCUUUAAGGUUGUUGUUUGAUAGCUGGCGGGACCAUCUUACGGCUGCUGAACUGGAUGAGAGGGCGUGGGCGUGGUAUGUAGCUGUUAGACCGGAUGUCGAGGCCGGGCCGCGGGGAUGGGGAGCAAAGGGGACAUUGAGGUUGAAGAGUAUCUUGGACUUGAGACGAACGGAGCAGACUUGA